CUUGCCAACUGUCAAGCAGGUUUAUUUGUAAACAAAACAAUUCCGAAAUCAUUCCAGCGCAAGCAAAUCGAUUACAGAAAACGAUAAAAGUUGUUAUUUCAAGCAAUGGCUAAAGAUUUUACUUCAGAGAACAAGUAGAAGAUUUCUUAAAUCAACGCUCAAACAAUAACACCAUGCAAUCUGAGCUACACACGAGCAGUUAUUCCACAACCAAAACGACAAACACAACACCGGUACGACACCAAGAUGGAUAUUCGUUGCAGCUUCCAGGCCGAAUCAAGAUAGAACGCUUACCACACGCCGAAAUCCAACUCAGCUAUGCAAAAAUGAUCGCCAACUAUCAAAUUAAAAGGGAAAAUGAUUCAACUGAACUAUUGCCGCAAACGAUUGCCGAUGGAACAGUGAGCGAAAGUUACUUGCUGGCGGCAAGCAAUGUGCAUUCAACGGAAAGUGCCGGAGAAUCCUCGUUUGUGAGUGAGAUUGAAAUCGGUGCCACAACGAUUGCGUCUCAGUUUGAGGAAAAUGUACAAAUCAAAAGGGAAUACAGCUCCAACGACGAAGGUUCGUUGGAGCAGCAGCUAAUAACGGACGAUCAUACCACAGAACACUUUACAAGGACAACGGAUGCAGAAAACCAGUCGCUUCCAUUUGGAUGUGAAUAUUGUGACGCUUCGUUCGUGAACCUUCGCCAGCUGAACAACCACCGGCGUAACCACCAGCUGGACAUGUGUCCCGUAUGCAAGAAAACCAUCGUUGCCCGGUACCUCAAGGAGCAUGUAGCGCUAAACCAUCCCAAAUCCGACGCAUUGCCUCAGAAGCGCAUCUACAAGUGUGAUCAGUGCGAGAAGCUGUUCUACUGCAAAACGCUGCUGAUCGAUCAUCAGCGCAAUCAUCAAACGAAAGAGUGUCCUUACUGUAAGCAGAUGGUAAAGCUGCGCGUACUCAACAUGCACAUCGCUCGGAAACAUUCGGCGAUCGUGUCGCAGGCCGAACAUUGCUCCUUUCCCUGUGAUCAGUGUGAUCGAGCGUUCGGCACAAAGGCGCUGCUCGUAGACCAUCAGCGCGAUCAUCUGUCGAAGAACUGUCCGGAGUGUGGGGUGAAGGUGUUGGCGCGCUGUCUAAAGAAGCACAUGGCCCGGAAGCAUCCGCCCGGUGGGUUAGGUGUUAAGGCAAACCGGAGCUACCAGUGUGAGCAGUGUGAUAAAACUUAUUCCAACAAACGAACGCUCAUCGUUCAUCAGGCAAAGCAUCAAACGGAGGAUGAGGGAAAAAUUGUGUGAAUGCUGUAGUUAACAAGACAUAAACCUGAAACUGUUGAAAAGACAAUAGAAAUAAACGAUUGUAAACGUUA